AAGAGAUGGACAAGUCAGAAUAAAAUCAAUCACAGAACUUUAUUUAAUGCACAAUAAUAUAAGAAACAGGGAUGCAUUGCAUUAUCAAAAUGGCAACAUUCCCUGGAGAAUCGGCUGAGCCAUUCUGUGCUUACUUUCUAUAUAAUCAUAUAUAAGUUGUAACUUAUUUGACUUUAAUUGCCUUAAGGUGCUAAAUCUCAGAUACAAAAAAUAGCCUCUUAACGAUUUAAAAGACUUUUAUGACUUUCAAUUGUUUUAAAGAACACUCAUUACAAAGAUUUAAUUUCUCUUGAAAUUAAAAAAGAAUUUAACAAUUUGGUGAACAUAUGCAAGAUAAAAAAGUUUGAAUACAUUGUUUACAUAAAUUAAACUUAAUAUUUUUUUUAUUAACCUAUCUUAUAAAAUUUUGUUUUUUUAAGAACUAAAUAAAACAUGUCUGCUGAAGGAAUUAUUGAUGCCAAUGGAAACCUAGAUGGAUUCAAAAAAGAAGAAGAGACAGGAGAUGAUACUUCAUUUGACUGUGACACAUCAGCAGUCAGUUUUCGAUGUGCAGCUCCCAUAAAUCAAUCAGUAGCAACAUGUGUCACUGUUUAUACCCCAAAAGUACCAAUUGUUCUUGAAAUGCCAAAUUUUGUAGUAUGUGAACAAUCUGCUCCUACAGUGGCAAUGGACGAUGAUACUCAAAUAAUCACAAAAAUCGAGAAGACCUAUUACACACCUGAAAGAGUAUCAAAAGAGGUGCUUGACAGCGAAAGACAAUCCUUCAAAGCACUCUGCGACCUUCCAAUUGAACACUCGAAUUGGAACUGUAUAAUUGAAAGUCUUCAGAAUGUUUACAAGUUUUUUGUCCAUGAGUAUGCAAUGAUAAGUAAAGUAUCGCUUGCACAAAUCAUUCCUGCAUAUUGGUGUAGAGUAUUCAAAAAGCUUCUCAGACAUACUUGGAUUGCAGUGGAUGUGGAUUUUGACAGUCUUCUACAUUCAAAGGAUGAAUCUUGGAUGCAGUAUAUAGCUGAUCCUGACCUGGAUAAUAUAUCCCCACCCGGACUAUUAAUGGUUGUUUUAUUUAUGGACUUAAGCAUAGUAACGAAUGUAACAGACUUGGGUUAUGACCAGAUGCGUCAAUGUGUUGACGAUGACUUGUUGUAUUUAAUUUUUAAAUAUGUUUUUUCCCAUGUGCAAUGUUUCGACAAUGAAAAGAACAAUGCAAGAAGACUACGCUCUUUGUGCUUAUCCAUUGUUUACAACUGCGCACGAAACCCUGCUAACAGAAGUUCAUAUCGAAGCAAUUCCUUUCUUGAUGGCAUCCAAUCUUUGAAAGUAGAAGUUUCUUUUAGAAACAAGAAUGAAAAGAUAACAAUGGAGAGGGAAGAAAACAGCAUCUAUGUAUUACUGAUGAAUAUAUUUCAUUUGACCCAACUGGCGCUGAAAAACACUGAAUUUCAGGAAGGUGUUGACAUGCAGUAUUUUCAAAAAGUGCAAAUGAAUGCUGUUCUUAGUUUGGCACAUUUGUUUGAGGAAGAAGUUGAUGCCAUGCAAUUGUCAGCUACUGAUGAAAUUAUAAUGUAUCUACAAAAACGUAUAAGUGCUGCUCUUGUGUCACCAAACUUUAUCGAUUCAACCUUUUCGUUAGAAGAACUUUUAAAUGGGUUGGAAAAGCUUGCUGUGAAUGAGGAUAACCAAGAAAAGAUGGUGAUGGACGGAGUACUUGUGUUAAUGUUUGAUGUCCUUCACUAUUCCGAUCUUCCAAAUGCAGCUUGUACUGCUGCUUUAAAAGUACUAUGGCAACUUUCAUUUAAUCAUGCUUCAAAAAUCCAGGAGUCAAAAAGGUUAUUAGAUGUUAUUCGCAACCUCAAGCAUCACAAAAAUGAUGAUAUACGUAAAAGCGCUGAAGGUGUUAUGUGGGAGUUAGAAGAUAGAGUUAAUUCAGAACAAAAAAAAUCUACAUCGGGACCCCAGAAACAUAUAAUGUUAAGUUAUUGUUGGGCUCAACAAGAAACUGUGAAGAAAGUUGCUUCGUUGUUAAAAAAAGGUGGUUUCAAUUUGUGGCUUGAUAUUGACAGAAUGACACGUUCAACGAUAGAUGCAAUGGCAGAGGCCGUUGAAAAUGCAGAUAUAUUUUUAAUGUUUAUGUCGAAAAACUACAAAGAGAGUGCUGCUUGUCAGUCAGAGGCGAAAUAUGCAAGAGUGCGAAAGGUUGAGAUUAUACCAAUUAUGCUUGAAGACCAGUGGAGAGCUGAUGGUUGGCUUGGUUUUAUCUUGGGUGACUUACUUUACUUUAAAUUCCCUCAAGAUGAUGAAAAAGCAUUUUCGAACAAAUACCAUGAACUUUAUACAGAAAUUAGUAGAUUCUACGAAAAGAAAGGCCUUGUUAUACCAGCAGUGGAGAAUGUGGAAAUAUGUAGUGUAGAUGCGCCAAGUAAAGAGGCUAAAGGAAAGAAUUCUCACAAACCUGGUAGAAAACUUUGUUCGCCCGUGCGUAUUAAACCAAAGCAAGAUAAUCCAGUUGAACAGGGAACUAAUACUUUAGGUCUGGAUUUGCCGAAAACACCAAGUGGAAAUAGUCCAAACACGUGGGACGAACAGAAAGUUUGUGAUUGGUUGGCACAAAAUAGCAUAGACAGAAGCAAGUUUUGUUCUGAUUUAACAGUGGAUGGCGAAUUGUUGAAAUUUUUGUUUAAGCUGCAGGAUCAGCAUCCGAUACUCUUUUAUAAAUUCUUGGAAAAAGAUUUGGGUCUUAAAUCUCUUGAGGGCGUGUCCAAGUUUGUGAUUGGUUUGGACAACUUGUUUGCUGAUUAGAAUGAAUUUUACAGCGCUAUGAUGACAUACUGGUUCUAACAUGUGGAGAUUUAGUCCUUAACUUGAUGAAUUGAUUGAUUGAUUUUGUUUUUGUCUAUUGGUUUUUAUUUUUUUAUUUUUCUACAAAAAGUAUCUCUGUGGAUAUUAAAUAUUUUGAAAAUUACGAUUUGUCAAACAGUUUCAUUAAGAGUUGCGGUAAAAUUGAACAUUCACAUCCACCGCACAUAUUGACGUUCUUAGUGACCAGCAAUUAUGCCAAAAAGUCAACUGGAGUUACAAAAAACAUACGCAUAAGGAAGGCUUUGCUCUAUGUACUGAAACGUCAAAAUGUUAACAAAUUGGAUUUUUUGUCCUUUUUUAUUUAUUUAUUCGUAUGAUACAUGCUAAUAAUUCUUUUUAACGUAUGGUGUUAUUAAUUGGGUUUCUAUACAGAAAAAAAAUUCAUUCUACAUUUCAAUAUAUACUUAUUUAUUAUAUGGUAGAGUUUAUGAUUGUUCUCGAUUAAUCCGCUGUUGUCAUGAACAACUGUGUUGUUCUGCAAAAGUAGGCGAGACAUGUAAUUUUACUCAAUUUAAAUUACAAGUAGGUUCUUUUGUAUUUAAUUUUUGUAUUAAUCUUUUGAUAUUUAUGAAAUAUACUAUUUUUCAUUCAA